AUGAUUAUGCACAUAUGUGAUGUGUACGCCAAACUCCAACGAUUAAGUUCAUAUAGGCUAUAUUAUAAGUUGUUCAAUGAUGGUGAUACGGAGAACUGCGAUAACCCUGAUGAUAGUGUUCAGGGGUUAGUGAGUAAAUUACAAAGUAACUUCCAGGGGUGUGGAGACAUUAUUACAGACGCUACGAAAAUCGCACAUGCCUAUUGUUACGCAUGUACGCAGAAUGGACUAGGGACAUUUGGAGAUGUACCGUGUUAUUUUUUUUAUUAUUGGUUGGGAGAUAAAUACGGGAAGAAUUUAGUUGAUAAAAAUUUGUCAGACCUCCUGGGAGAUAUUUAUAGUACGUUCAAAGUGUCUUCCCGUAGGAAGAAAUGUAAUGUUACAUACACUAAUGUUAAUAAAAACCUCCUCCCCCAAAUGAAAAAAGUAUAUGAAUAUUAUUACGAGCACGAUACCAUAAACGCCGGCUUACUGAAGAGUUGGCCCAACUGUGAAAAACAGUGGUUAGAAUACCUAAAAGAAGUUUCCAUAGCAUGUAAAAAUUUGGAAUCAGUUUGCACAGCAGAGGAGAGUCCUAUUGCUGGGUCAUAUUGUUCCGUCUUCAAGAACAAGUACAGGUCACAUUGUAAUACCGCGGAAGCGUUAAACUUUUACUGCACAGAAAAAUCUAAAUUGGAACAACUAAAAACAGACAAACAGCGUGCAGAACGGCAAGCACAAUCCACACAAUCCCAACUAAACGAAGCAUUAAAUAAAGCAAAUAAAGCUUCUUCUCUUUCUUCUGCUUUUGGUACCUUAGCACUACUAGAAUUACCUGCACUCCUUUUCCUCGCAUAUAAGUAUAAACCAUGGUCUUCUUGGUUCGGUAUCCAUUCUGGAGGAAGAAGAAAAAGCAGAAAAAGGAGAACGGCAGUUGAAAGCGACUUUGAUACUCUAAGGGAAGCUUCCACAACGGAUUCCGUACUGGAUGCAAGUGAAAAUUCCACAGUAGGAUCUGGUGCAUACAACACAAGGCCGUCUACCGGGGGAAGGGAAAGAGCAAAUAAUAAUACACGGGGUCGCGGGAUGGUAGGUUAUCAGAACAUGUAA